UUCAGCGUCGCUUAGAAAGUCCUGCGUCCUGUCCAAUAGAAAUAAUGCGUGAGCAUCAUCACACGGCUUAUUUAUAAAGCGCUGUCUGCUACUAGCGGGAGUGAUGUAGAGGCGAAGGAGGCUGUGUGAAGGCGGUGGCGGACAGGACAGAAACGCAGAGCGGUGUGUAAAUGGGAAAUCUGAUGGGCGCUCUGAGGUACAAGGAGCCGAGCACCGUGGAGGAAUGUGACUCGACCUGGGAGACUGACUCGGAGAGCGACGAGCAUCCGGGAGGAGAGCAGCAGGACAGCAGGGGGUUCGAAUCCAUCGGCGCUCCAGAGUCAGGGCACUGUGGAGAGGACCAGGACGGCUUUCCUCAGUUUAAUGACACAGCUGAGUCAUCCACAAAGAUGAAAAGGAGCUUUUAUGCUGCCAAGGACCUGUACAAGUACCGCCAUAGUUAUCCGAAUUAUAAGGAGCCUCGGCUAAGAAACGAGUACCGCAAUCUGAGAUUCUACCUGAAUAAGAUUCCUCUGGUCCCAGAUGGAAUCUAUGUUGAAGAGAUCCUCACCAAAUGGAAGGGUGACUACGACAAGCUUGAGCACAAUCACACAUAUAUACAGUGGCUUUUCCCACUCAGGGAACAAGGCCUCAAUUUCUAUGCCCAUGAACUCACUCAGGAUGAGAUUAAGGAAUUCCAGAACACUCAAGAAGCCAAGCAGCGCUUUGUGCUGGCAUACGCUAUCAUGUUGGACUUCUUUGGGAUCAAGCUCCUCGAUAAGAAUGGAAACGUAGCCCGUGCUGCAAACUGGAAAGAUCGUUUCCAACACCUGAAUGAGUCUCAGCACAACUAUCUGCGGAUCACGCGCAUCCUGAAGAGCCUGGGUGAGCUGGGCUUCGAGAGCUACAAGCUGCCUCUGGUGCACCUGCUGCUCGAGGAGGCUCUGGUGCAGGGCACGCUGGUUAACAUGCGCCACAGUGCGCUUGAGUACUUUGUCUACACACUGAGAAAGCACAGCCAGAGACGUGCACUGCUGCGCUUUGCCCAACGCCACUACCAACCUCCUGAGAACUUCAUCUGGGGGCCUCCAAGGAAAAGAAGCUCCCCUGGGAUGAGGGCGAACAGAAUAGAGUCCCCACUGAACAGGAGUGUAAGAAUAACUAGAGCUCUAAAGCAGGGCAGUCCAAACAGGCCUGAUGAAGAGAUAGAAGGGGUGGCUGGGAGGGAAUUGGGGGAGUGGAAAACAACAAAAUUGUCUAGGAACCAUCAGCAGGGUCAGGGAGACACAGAGGAAUACAUUGAAACUGUACCUCUUUAAGAAUUUCAGAAUGGAGGAUUGAGAAAAUGAGCCUGAGAUUUAGACAGACUGUGUUGGGGGAUUAGUAAUGGGCAUGGCUCAAAGCAAUAUUAUUCCCUGUCUUGGCCUUCAAUGAAUAGCAAUGAGAGAUUUGUUACUCUGGCUUUUUGUAAAUCUGUAACUAAAUACCAAUUUUCAUUUUGUUUACGUUGAGGCUUAAAAUAUCAGUUGAUGAUUUUCUACUGUUUUGCUAAUCCUGCCUCAAUCUGUUAUACUUCUUGAACAAUCUUUAGCACACAGAAGUGUAGAAGUGAAUUAUUACCUAACUUGAUUGUGUGUGUGUGUGUUUUGCACCUUUGCCUAUCCAGUCUUCCUCUGUGACAUAUUGUGGAGUUUAGAUAGACUCCAGGCUUUAACUGAGCCUUCUGAGCCUUAGUCUUAGAGCUGAGUGAGGUUUAUUUGUAUAGAAAUAUUAGAACUAUAGCUGUCAAAGUUAACAUGAUUAGAAUGCGCUAACACAAUACAUUUUAUAACGUCACCUUUAAAAAAAAUGCUUUCAGUGCAUUUUCCUAGCGCUAUCAUUUGCCUUGUUAUAACUGAAUACUGAUGUACACAUUUGGGGAAAAAAAAUGGAGACUAUUGGACAUCAGUGUAUUGGGAGAAAAUUGAGGUAACUGAGGAAAAUUCACAUGUACUGGUACUAAUACAAACAGAAAUAAUACUAUGACGAAGUGUGUGAGGAAUGCAGGGGGAAAGGUAAAGAGAAAGCUAGCACACUUCAUACAGAUUGCACCAGCUGCAUUUUGAACACCUAUCCUGCACCACGUACACACAGUCACUCUGGUUUUAGCCAAUUCUUGCAAGAUUCUUUAAAUCCAGUCUUCUAGUUGCUGAUCUAGAAAAGCAUGAUGUUGAAAUGUGAAAAAUAUAAAUUAAGAUAACUUAAAAAUGACUGACUGUGAUUUAUUUAUUUUAUUCAUUUGACAGCCCUAGUAGGAACAUAUCACUUUAACGAGUAGCAUAUUUAAAAUAUCACUGUUUGUUUGUUUGUUUGUUUGUUUGUGGGUGGGGUGGGUGUUAAUCCAGUGUUUGUGCAGUGUCUUAUAUCAAGUGCCUCAAUUUUAGUCAGUGUGUGGCUGAGUUAGCCCAAGUCAGUAAGGACAAUCAGGAACGAGGUCACUGACCUCUAAUAGAGAAAUAAUUGUGCUUUGAUAUGUGAAAUGUUAAAUACAUAAAUUAUCUUAUUUAACUACACAUAAAAAAGCUCUGCUGUGCUCCAAUGUACACUCACCUGAUUAUGGGCUACCUGAAAUUCUGUGCAUGUGUGUGUAUUUUCGAAUUUCUGCCUGCACUUUCUAUUUCUAUGUUUCUAUGACAAGCACACAGAGGAGUAAGGAAGGAUUACAGUUUGUACACUUCUCUCUUUAUCACCCUCUUCUCUCAUUGUCUGCAUGUCUUGUUGGUACAUAUUUCCUCCUGCAUCCUCUCACACAGGUAGCGGGGAGAACAUAGCCAUCUGUUUCCCUCUGCAGUAACUCAAAUUCAAAACGACUGUAGCAUGAGCAGAGCAAACGCUUCUCAAUACAACACGAGGAAUCUUUAUUUUUAAUGUUUUCUGUAAGUUACUUAUGUGGAUUCAGUGCUGACUUCUGUCUGUUUAUGUGAGGCACUAUAAAUGUGUUUUAUAAUGUUUUGUACAAGAUAA